GAACUCACUGUGUAUCAGUUCAACCGACUGAUUUACGCUUUCGGAAGUUCCCGUAUCGAAAGCGAAAAUGCGCUUCGUAUUCUUAUUCGUCCUGUUAUCAAUCCUGGCUUUCAGCCUCGUUUCAGCCAAGGAACAAUCAAAAACCAGUUCCUCGCCAGGAAAAAACCAUGUCGGACCCACAGUGAAGAAUCGUGCCAAGCGAACUGUAUUCUACAGUCGGCCCACCAUUAGAGGAAAAGUACAACGCUAUUGGUAUGGUUAUCCUUACCGCAAUGGUUCUCCUACUUUCUAUAAAUUCCCGUACUACGGCUACUUUAGGAUAUAAUCCUGUGGCUAGAUUAUGCUGCAAAUAAACGAUAGCUAAAUUGUUUUCCUUGUGAUUUCAAUGACCAUUA